GCUGCACAUGACGCAGCCUCUCGUUUCAAGGUCUUUGCUUACAAAUAAGAUCAGCAACAAACUUUUGCUACCCUUGAUCUUGUAAAUAAGAACGUAUAUCGGUGAAUACGAGCUGUUACAACAGUUCAAAGUGCCGAAUUUUAUCAAAUAGUCCCACGUCGUUCAGUGCGUUUGUGAUUCGGUUGGUAAAGUGUGAAGUUAGAAGUUCGUUGGCGUUGUGCAUUUGCUCUAAUACAUACAUCCGUACCAGGGUUAGGCGUUUGGCGGCCAUUUUCGAUAGCUGCACUUCGAUCGAUAUAGCGCUUUGCUGUGCGUCUGCCCGCAAGAACUAACAUGCCACAGGAAAUAAAGCGCGAGCGGAAAAGUACACAGUCAAUGAUGCGCCCGAAAUCAAUUCACUGGAAUGAAGCACCCUUGUCCCCGUGUCCCAUCCCGGAUAUUAGCGACGAUGAGCUGGUGUCGAUAACGGUGCGCGAUCUCAACCGUACGCUGAAGAUGCGAGGUCUCACCCGCGAGGAAAUUGUUCGCAUGAAGCAACGGCGCCGGACGCUGAAAAACCGCGGGUACGCUGCCAGCUGCCGGAUAAAGCGCAUCGAGCAGAAGGAUGAGCUGGAGACGGAAAAAUCGCAAGAGUGGCGAGACAUGGAGCUGAUGCACGAGGAAACGGGCCGGUUGCAGGAGGAGGUGGAUUCGCUGCGGAACAAGUACGAGGCGUUGCGGAAAUUUGCUCUGUCGAAAAAGAUUCCCCUUCCACCGGAACUGGAUGUGCUGUAAAAGGAGAAAAAAGCAAAACGGAACGGCCAAUGUGCCGGGAAGUUGAAUGUAAUUAAUGUAAAGUAGACUGUCUUUUCUUUUUAGCUAGCAUGCUUCUUAAACUAAGUACACUUAAAAUCUGUUUUAUAAUAAAAGAUAAUCAUUCGAAGGUAGACUAA